AUGCACAGUGAUACUGAGGCUAGCUUCAUCUCCAAGAAGUCGCCGUUAACCACCGUAAGAUUCGCUGUGAAGAUGCCACGUGUUGCAGCGGAAUCCCAAGAAAUCUCUUUUGACGGCGGCAACGAGUCACCGACGCUCGGCGAACUACUGAGAGAUCUCGAAGACGGUCACAGGAAGAAAGACUCCGUCGAAGAAGCUUCUAUUCAUCACAUAUUGGAUUUCGCUUCUCCUGAAACAAGACCUGUGCCGUUUCUCUUAUCCUUCAACAAUCUCACCUACGAUGUCCGGGGAAAGGCAGCUUCCGUGAAAACUCUACUCAACGAUGUUUCCGGCGAGGUUCGCGACGGCGAAAUCCUAGCCGUUCUCGGUGCAAGCGGAGCCGGAAAGUCCACGCUGAUCGACGCGCUUGGGGGGAGAGUGAGUAGCUUGAGAGGCACGGUAACUCUAAACGGAGAGAAAGUUUUGCAAACUCAACUCCUAAAAGUGAUAUCAGCAUACGUCAUGCAAGACGAUCUCUUGUUUCCCAUGCUGACAGUUAAAGAAACACUUAUGUUUGCUUCUGAGUUUCGUCUCCCGAGAAGCUUCUCCAAGUCCAAGAAAAUGGAACGUGUUCAAGCCCUAAUAGACCAAUUAGGGCUCAGAAACGCGGCGGAUACGAUAAUAGGAGACGAAGGACACCGUGGUGUUUCCGGUGGAGAGAGGCGACGCGUGUCGAUCGGUAUCGACAUCAUCCACGACCCUAUCGUGUUGUUCCUCGACGAACCUACUUCGGGGCUGGACUCCACAAAUGCCUUUAUGGUGGUGCAAGUUCUCAAACGUAUCGCUCGUAGUGGCAGUAUGGUAAUUAUGUCGAUACAUCAACCUAGUGCUCGUAUCAUAGACUUGCUUGAUCGUCUUAUCAUCUUAUCUCGCGGCAUGAGUGUGUUCAGUGGAUCUCCGACAAGUCUUCCUCAGUUCUUGUCUGAUUUCGGACAUCCAAUGUCGGAGAAAGAGAACAUCACAGAGUUCGCACUUGACCUAAUCCGACAACUUGAGGGAUCCACCAAAGGAACCAAAGAGUUAGUUGAGUUCAACGAGAAAUGGCAACGAGAAGUGUCAUCCACGUCAAUGACCACUCCUUACAAAGCCUUGUCUCUAAAAGAAUCCAUCAUUACAAGUGUCUCAAGAGGCAAACUAGUCUCCGGCUCGACUAGCUCCAACUCCAUCUCCAUGGAGACAGUAUCAUACGCAAACACGCCAUUGGUCGAGACAUAUAUAUUAUCCAAACGUUACAUGAAAAACUGGUCACGUACCCCCGAGCUCAUAGUAACAAGGAUCGCUACCGUCAUGGUGACUGGUCUUAUCUUAGCAACUAUAUACUGGAGGCUAGACAACACUCCACGAGGUGCACAAGAGAGAAUGUCUUUCAUUGCAUUCGCUAUGUCCACAAUGUUCUACACUUGUGCAGACAACAUCCCUGUCUUUAUCCAAGAACGUUACAUUUUCUUGAGAGAGACAACGCACAAUGCAUACAGAACAUAUUCAUAUGUCAUCUCUCACGCUCUUGUGUCUCUACCUCAGCUACUAGCUCUCUCCAUUGCAUUUGCUGCGACCACGUUCUGGACAGUUGGUUUAAGCGGCGGGUUUGAGAGCUUCUUCUUUUACUGCCUCAUCAUCUACGCAGCGUUUUGGUCUGGUUCCUCUUUCGUUACAUUCAUAUCCGGUCUUAUUCCGAGUGUCAUGAUAAGUUUCAUGGUCACUAUUGCUUAUCUUUCCUACUGUCUACUGAUGAGUGGAUUCUUCAUUAACCGUGAUCGGAUACCGAGUUACUGGAUUUGGUUUCAUUACAUUUCGUUGGUUAAGUAUCCUUAUGAAGCUGUAUUGAUUAAUGAGUUUGAUGACCCAUCUCGGUGUUUUGUAAGAGGAGUUCAAGUAUUUGAUGGUACGCUUUUCGCCAAAGUGCCUGAUGCGAUAAAGGUUAAGUUUUUUGAUACACUGGGUAUCUCUCUAGGAACGAAGAUAACGGAGUCCACAUGCUUGAGAACAGGGCCUGACUUGCUUUUGCAGCAAGGUAUAUCUCAGUUGAGCAAAUGGGAUUGCUUGUGGAUUACGUUUGCUUGCGGUAUCUUCUUUAGAAUCUUGUUUUACUUGUCUUUGUUGUUUGGAAGCAAGAAUAAGAGGACGUAA